AUGAACAUCUCUCGUGGAGGUUUCCAUGGAGAUACCGCGAUACCCAAAGAGACUGGCGUGCCUGCCAAAACGGGCAUAUUCUGCACGUUCACCAUUUCUCGCCCGCUGAGAUGCUUCAUGUUUCUCUCCUCUUCGCGUCCCUUCUCUGCUUCACCUUUCUCUUUUUCCGUCGCUCCUUCGCUCCGUCGCCUUGCCUCCUCUCUCUCUCCACCAAAGGCACUUUUCAGCAACGUGGUUUUAUCCCACGAGCCUGUCAAGAUGCCUUGGCUCCCUCCGGAGAUCCUCACAAUGAUCACUUCUUAUAUCCUCGACCCUGCUACGCUGGUGUCACUGAGGCUCGUCAACAGGGAUUGGGCGGCCGCUGCAGACUGGCAGCUGGAUCACGUUUUCCUGCUUCUGAAUAUGAACAAGCUAACCCAGGAUACCAUUGAAAAGAAACGCAAAGACGGUCGUGCCCUUGCUCGGGUUCGGUGUGUAAUCGUGAACCACCCUGAUGACGACUACUGGAGUGGAUUACCGGAGAACGAUGGUUCGAUAAAGAUCGAUAGGCGAUUCAAAAAUUUCCAACGUCUGGCCUUCUAUCUGAGAUCCAAGGUUGGCCAGUUUCCUAACUUGGAGUAUUUUGCCUUGCACUUUCGCCCACCGCGUGACCACGCUCCUAUUCCCAAUUCUUCUUCCGAUAAAGAAGACAUACUUGAGGACGCAGUGGUUGACUUGUUCAAGGCUCUCAAAAAGCUAAGCACGACCAAGUCCAAAUAUGGGAAGAACUUGGAGGAACUGUCCAUUCAAUGUCUGCCGGUCCAAGUUCGCUUCCCUGGGGACCCAGUUUGGGAGCUGGAGCGGUAUAAGAGGGCAAUCACAAAACUUCGCUUGAAGACUCUGAAGGUGGGCUUAGUGGGCUCAACUGUUUGGAACCACGCCCUUGAUUGGACCUCAGCAGAUCAGCAAAUCGGCGACGCACCAUGGAACUGGGUCCAGCCAGCAAUGCGGACCCUGCGAAAUCUGUCUAUCACUUGCUGGGGAUUCUACAUAAAAAACAUUGCGGGGGCAGGUUGCCAUACCGGGCUGUUCUUUCCAUUUCUGGAAUCCCUUGAGCUGCGUGGUUGUGUGUUCACGUCGGAUUUCCAGCUGAGUUGGAUCAACAGACACGGUCGAACUCUGAAUUCCUUGAAGCUCGAUGACUGUGCAAUCGCGGACCGUUUCGUUCUGUGGCCAAUGCCCGGAGGUGGGAUCAAGAUCGAUUGUUGCCACGGAUCUCUACGGGUUGUUGAUAACGGGCGUAGUGGAAAGGUUCGCUUGUACAACACUCGGUGGGCCUAUUACUUUGACAAGAUGAGGGAGAACCUACCGCAACUCAAGCACUUUGAGAUUGGGAGUAGCCGGGUUCGCGCCCCGGGAGAAGAAGGACCCUUCUUCCAAUCAGAAAGGCACGAUGGACCCCCGUUCAACAUACCGCCACGGGUUCUCUUCGGCCUCUUUCCAGACCGUUAUCUGAAGAUGAGCGAAAAUGCUGGAUGCUCAUGUUGUUCCUGGUUGCUCCGAAAUGAAGAUCAGCAGCGGCCAAAACGGCAGGGACUCCUCUUGGACAAUCCGGAUCGCGAUGCCCUACGCCGACUACUCCAGAAGAUUGGGCAGGUUGUAAAGGAAGACGCCGACUCAGAUCAUGCGGGAUAUGUCCGGAAAUUGAUGGGUCGUGUGAAAGCGGACAAAUCCCAGUCGUUGGAGGAUGCAAGCUCUGAAGAAACAUCUAGCUCUAGUACUGAGUGGGACUCAUCCGAUUCGGAUGAAUUCGACUUCAGCUCUCCAAGCGACUACAGUUUCUGA